AUGCUGAAGUUUAUAUUCGCGAAGCGAUUUGCUUCUACAGGGUCAUAUCCUGGUUCCACAAGAAUCACUUUGCCAAGAAGGCCUGCAAAAAAAAUUCGGUUGGGGAAGUCACGACCGGCUAUUUAUCACCAAUUCGAUGUCAAAAUGGAGUUGAGUGAUGGCAGUGUAAUUAUCCGGAAAUCACAAUACCCAAAGGGUGAAAUCAGAUUGAUUCAAGACCAAAGAAAUAAUCCGCUGUGGAAUCCUAGCAGGGAUGACCUAGUCGUCGUGGAUGCUAACUCCGGUGGCAGCCUCGACAGAUUCAAGAAGAGGUAUAGUUCUUUGUUUUCUGUCGAUUCCGCACCCAUAAGUUCUGGCCCUGAAGAACCUGAAAUAUCUAAAGAGAGUAAAAAGGAAGCACAGGUUGAAAAGGAAGAGAAGAAAGAAGUUUCAGAAAAAACAUUUGGUAUGGAUGACUAUCUAUCGCUGUUAGACGAUAGUGAACAACAAAUCAAAUCAGGUAAGUUGGCCAGUAAGAAGAGAGACAAGAAAUAA